AUGACUUCUGCUCAUAGUGAUCCGGACAUGCCUUCCUCCGAGCACAACAUGGCAUUGAGAAGAAUUUCUCCCUCUCACCAAGGCCUGACGCCCCCAAACAGUCCCACGAAGGGGACAAUUGUCUCACCAGCUAUCGUGAAGGAUCUGAAGCAUCUUUUUGGCGUGUUUCUUGAGAAGGCGCUGCUCGAUCUUACCAACAAAGAGCCUCCAAACACCUCUGUCUCCCAGGACGAGUCCCCACCAGGCCCCGUCAUGGUUCAACUGAAGCAGUUACUGGUGAAGCUCAUGCACAAUGAAUAUGCUUCAGCUGAACUGCCUGCGGCAACUGAUACUGCUCAGUCUUGUCUAGAAAGCAAUAAACAAGAAGACAUUCAGGUAGCAGAUGGAAUUGCUCUCAGCAGUCCGAUCUGUACUGCCCCAGAUGAUUUCAAAUCGUUUGCAAAGUGGGCCUCGACACCCCAAUUCAAGACGGACAAAGAAGCAUGCAAAUACAAGGUAGCAGAGCCAGUAGAGACCCGCAGUGGUCAGGAGGACUAUGCGGAAUAUGCAUUUAUUAUCCGUGAACGUAUUAAACGGAAUUCCCAUAAGGUGACGCCCUACAUAGACAUCAAAUCGGAAGGCCUACGCGACAUCCUGCGUGUGGUGCUGCAUGACAUCAAAGCUAUUAGCCUUAUAGAGGACAAGCCAUCGAUCGAACAAAACGUCCUCUUUCACUUCCUCUCAGAGCUUGACAGAUACGCGGAGAACAUAGACAAUAGUUCCGACCACGAGUCGGCGCUAGCGGAGCUCCGUAUACUCAUCGACCACCUCAAGCAAGCAUAUAUAGCUAUCUCGCAGCGUCUCUCAUCAAUAUUACAGCACGGUCAUAUUACUUAUGACCUUCUUUGGGCGCUUUUCAAGCCUGGCUGCUAUAUUUAUACUAUAUACAUUAGCACAAAAGAGCCGUGA